AUGUCAGAAAAUGAUUCGCUGUUGUAUCCAUCACGAGGCGUUGCCAGAAACGAAAGGAUUGCCUUUCCCGUUAUAUAUUGCACUCUGAUCGUGUGCUUAGGAUCGGCUCAAUUCGGAUACCACACAGCAGAAUUGAAUGCUCCACAGCAAUUCAUGUCAUGCUCAGAAUUUUCAGUUCCCAACGGAAAUGAAAACGUGCCAUACGAUUCUACAUGGCUAGGCAGACAUCACUUCAGACAAUGUGUGCCAAUGGACGAUGAGCAGAUUGGAUUGGUUACAGCAAUGUUUUGCGUGGGUGGUCUUUUCGGGUCGUACUAUGCGGGAUGGCUAGCGAACGUAUAUGGGCGCAAGAAAGUUUGCAUUUAUGGAUGUGUGCUAUCGGGUCUUGGAUCGCUAAUGCUAUUUGCCAGUAACAGCUACAGUGGUUUAAUCCUUGGCAGAAUUUUGGUGGGUAUAUCUAGCGGCAUUUGCAUUGUAGUUAUACCGUUAUUCAUAAACGAGAUCAGUCCUGUUGAAUGGAGGGGGAGCUUGGGGUCUCUGAACCAGGUUUGCAUCAAUAUGGGUAUUCUUUUCACACAAUCGUUAGCACUCAAAUUUGCUGAUUCCUAUCGUUGGAGAUGGCUCUUAUUCACGGGCUUCCUUUUAGCCGUGGUAAACAUUGUUCUUUUGUUCAUCAUUUUAGAGUCACCAAAAUGGUUAAUGAUCAGAGGUAGACUUAGAGAAGCAGAAAUGUCGUUGUACAAAUUACGCAACGGGUCACUUGAGGACGCCAAGGCCGAGAUUCAAAAAUGGCGGACCGACGCCCAACAUCAGGAGGAUCAAGAGAAUCUGGAUGGUAACAAAGAAGGACCCACUUUAUGGCAAUAUGUCAGAAAUCCAAUGUUCAGAAAGCCAAGGAACGUUAUACUAGCUCUUUUGUUAGGCCAACAGUUAUGUGGUAUCAACUCAAUCAUAUUCUACGGAGUUAAAGUGAUCAGCCAGUUGUUACCAGAUCAUGCCAUCCAAGUCAAUUUGGGCAUAUCCUUGGUGAACGUUUUAGUGACGCUUGCUGCUUCUGCAUUAAUUGCCGUUUCAGGAUGCAAGCCGCUGCUAAUGUUCUCAGCCGGUUUAAUGUCAAUCUCUUCUUUCUUGAUCAGUAUAGGAAUAGUGAAGAGAAUGGCUACACUUUUAGUCUCCUCCACUUUCCUAUAUAUCACCGCUUUUGCUCUAGGCCUCGGCCCGAUACCAUUCAUGAUCAUUGGAUCAUUGUCAGCACCGCAAGAUGCAGCUACGGCCCAAAGCUUCGGAACUGUAUGUAACUGGCUGGGAACAUUUUUCAUUGCAUACUUAUUCCCCAUGGUUCACGAUUUGGUUGGUGGUUCCGUUUACUGCAUAUUUGGUUUCAUUGCAGUUGGUUUCUGCUUUUACACCUACUAUUACAUUCCGGAAACCAAAAAUAAGGCAAGCUACACGGAUGUUUGGUCUGGAUACUAA